GCUCCCACCAAGCAUGCUGCUUAAGAGAGUAAUGCUUUGAAGUUGAAAAAAUUCCAGGAGUUUCCUGUAACAACGUUGGAGUAUAAUGUGAACCAGGAGCCGUGGAGUAUUCCUCCUUAUCCCCAGUCAAGCCAAUCUGCUUGGAAGAGACAUCAUCACUUCAGCUGUGCGCUGCGUCUGCUUCAAGGCAGUUUCCCUGUGGAUUAUAAAGUGACCACCACCCCACCAAGGAUGUCGAGGUUGCUCUGUGCUCUGCUUGUCCUUAUGUCUCUGUGUAGUCACAGCCUAGGGGUUUCUGCCUCACAGCCAGGGAAGGGAAGACAUAAGACCAGACCUCAGUAUAAAGAACCUGCUGGUCUCCUGGCUCCGGAGGAUGAUCAUGGCGGAGAGGGAGACCAUGAGACCAGGACAGUCCUUGACCCAGAACAGGAAUUCCUGGCUGAUUUUGCAGGUAAGAAGCGUUUGUGGGUAAUCACGGCCCCGUCGCACAGUGACAACUACCUCCGCAUGAUGGAGAAACAGAUUCAGGACAUGGAGCAGGAGGGGCUGAACUGUCGCCUGGCUGAGAGGGACACCUUCAUCGUCACCAUCAUCCAGAAUGCCAUGAUGGAAGGCAGGAUCCAGAAGACCACCUUCCAAGGAGAGGCCACCAUGGAGAGCAUUGACUCAGACAUGGUCACCAAGCUGCUGCAUUACCUUGAGCUGGGGGAUCAAGGCUUCGCCAUGCUAGUCAUGAAGAAGAACCUUAGGGUGAGUGAGCGGUUCCCCUACCCUGUCCGUGUGGAGGCCAUCCUAGAGGUCAUUGAUCAGUUCCCCUUGCGCAAGCUGGAAAAACUCACCAGGAAGGGCUCCCCUCUGAAAUGUAAAAUCACCAAGAAGAGGCUGAUGAAGAAAAAGAUUCCUGUGAAAAAGAAGGUGUUCAGUCCCCAUAUGCAGGGAAACGUUACCUCUGUCACCCAGAGGAAUACUGUGGCCAAGAAGGCUGCACUGAAGAGCAAAAUUCAGGACAUUCUCAGCGGUCGCUCCAGGUUCAUCAUUCGAAAGACGACCACUGAUUCAAAAGGAACACAAGUAUUCAUCACAGGGAAGGCAAACUCCAAAGCUGUGGGAAAGGACAACCAAAAGAAAAAUGGAAAUGUUUUUACAGAAAUAAGCACAUAUCCUUCUACUGUAGAGAAAAGAGAAAGAAAGACUGUAGCCAACUCUAGAGAUAAUAAACCAGAGAACGUUGGUGGGGGAGAAGAAUCCUUGGAGAAAAACAACUCCCCCAAAAAAGGCAAGGGAAAGAAAGAUGGGAAGAAAGGGAAAGGGAGAGGGAGAGUGAAGAAAAACCACAGAGAAGUGAAUGAGAACAAUAAGAAAGCACUGAUGGACUUUGUAGAGCAUUUGAAGGGGAAGAAAAGACUUAUGGUGAUAGCCACGCCCAGUGCCAGCACACCUCAGUAUGUCCAGCAGAGGGAGGAGAACAAGCUUCAUUUCUGUGACCUUGCCCUGAGAAAAGUUACUAUGGCAACCAUCCUGAGCUCAGGGCCUGACACUACCCUCAUCCUGCACCACUACCAACUUGAUUCUGAGACGCCAUUCACCUCACUACCAGAGAAGUUCACUGACCCAGAUCUCAUCUCUCAACUGAUGAAGCAGUAUGGGAUGUCCUCUAAGGUUUUCUCUAUGACUAUGACUGACUAUGACCUGAAACCCAAUAAAGUAUUUGAUGUACCUCCACCCUCAUCUGCGUUGAUGGAAUAUGUUGACACCUUUCCAUCGCGACGAUCUGAAAUGGAAAGAGAGAGAAAAACUCCACUGACCUGCUCCAAAUCCCAAGAACAGGGCGGGGCAUUGUUGAGGUUCAUGUCUAAAAGGAGACUGCUGAUCAUCUCUACUCCAUCUGAGGACGACUACUCCUUCCAACAGCAGCUCCAGGGGCUGAGAGGACAGGCCUGUCCCAUGGGCGUCCGUCAUUUUGCCUUGUUGAAGUUGAUCGGAACAGGACCAACCGCCUCAGGCACUGUGGAACUGUUUCCACUCAAUGGAAAGAGCCAAACGGAGAACGAGCCUUUGUCACGGGACGUGGUCACUGGUCUCCAGGACCAGCUGAAGAUCAACCGGGAGUACUUCAGUAUGCUGGUGGUGGGGAAGGACGGGGACGUGAAAGCCUGGUUCCCCUCGCCCAUGUGGUCUCUGGCCAACAUCUAUGACCUGGUGGACUCCAUGGAGCUGCGGCAGCAAGAAGAGAAGCUGCAGAGGACUUUAGGUAUUCGCUGCCCUGAGGACACUGGCGGUAGUUACCAAGGUUAUAAUGAGGAAGCAGAUUACCACAGGUCAGAGGAGUAAAGGACAGUAAACAGCCCAAAGGCCUCAAAGACCCCAUGGCAGCCAGCUCAAAUGAAUGGUUGUGGGUAAAAGUUUGACACAAUAACAGAUUGAACCAUGAAAGGCUUUUUAUUUUAAAUGUUUUUGCAAACAUUUAUCAGAGGCGUGGCAUUUGUAGUUAGAAAUGGCCGACAUUACAUAAAAUGAUCUACAAUUGAAGAGUUGCAUUCCAAAACGCUGUAUAUCCAUUUUCAGAAAUGUUGGUAAAUUAGCUUUUAUUGUUUAAUGUAAUAUCAAAUCAUGACAUGGGAUUGUUCAAUAACAAACAUGUAUUUCUUUAAAAUCUAUCUUUUGAUGCUUUCAGAGGCAAAUAAUAUAUAUAUACCGGUCUCACUCUCAGAGAAAUACACAGGUUUUACACAGUGAAAUGUUACAAAUAACUACAUUUGUAAUAAAGAACAGUACAAAUUAUAUAUUUAUAUGACAUUUUUAAAUGUAUAAUUCACUACAGUAAUAUGAGAUCUGUAUGGAAAACAUUUACAUUUGACAUUUUAGUCAUUUAGCAGAUGUUCUUAUCCAGAGUGACUUACAGUUAGUGCAUUCAUCUUAAAAUAGCUAGGUGAGACAACCACAUAUCACAGUCAGAUAUACAGGAUACAAACUUUCCAUUCCAGCUAAACAAUGGACAUAUACUGUUUUA